GGAACCACCUCGGCUCGACCAAUCGGCUGCGAGGAAGGCGUGAGUUUGAGCGCGAAAACGGCGGUUGGGCGCUCGGCGGUUCCAGCGAGGUGCCGCCAGCUCGUCACCAUCAGCAACAUCAUUGCGACCACCACACAUCAUUAGUUCCACUAACUACUACAACCGUGCAAGAGACAGACACCCCCCCCCCCCGUAUAGCCUGAACAGACUUUCUCGAGGCAAGUGCUGUUGGGCGAACACCCACGAAGCCCGGCACGCGUGGGUGGUAAGCACCAACGCCCGGCCGUCUUUGUCUUCACCAGUGGCGAUGUUUACACAUCGCACCAGGUACUCAUUUGAGGCCGAGUCGACCGAGGGGAAGCCCCAGGAGCUGUUCGGAUAAUCGUCACCGGUGUUGGUCGUGAGCGAGAAUCGAACUCGGGUCGCCAGGGUGUUUUGCAAGGAGUGCACCAGUAAGUGGGAAGAAGGUGCUUCGAGAAUAACGAACGAAAGCUCAGAUGUCGCAGCUAGAGGAAGCGUUUGCUUAUUUAAAAGAACCUGAAGAUAAGAACCGGGUGCUGCAAAAUUUCCAUCUCACCAUUGUGGAAGCUGCAGCAAGACGGCAUGGCCUGGAUCCUCACGAUCUGCAGGAGCUGCUCAUCAUGGCCCUUUCUUCAAAAUUCAGUCUUGCAGUGAAAUUAAAGAUGGUGAAAUGUCUUAUCCCAUCAUCCGUGGUUUUGGGCAGCACUCCAGCCAUUAUCAUCUCAUGGAUGUGCACAUUAAGCUCCACAAACAACGUGCAGGCAUGGCUACUGCGGUGGCUGGUCAUGGUGUUUGACCUGAUUGAGGAGAAGGAGACACUGCACCUCCUUUAUGGGAUGAUAUUCAACUACGUGCGAUACGAGAAGCUGAGCUCCUAUGCAUGUCACCUACUGUACCUGCUGACACGCAGAGAAGAUGUUAAACUCUUUCGUGUUCAGUUGCUCCUGUCCAUCCACACAAAACUGGGCUUGAAAGACUCUCCGGCUCCUCACUUCAUGGGCCUCUUGUCUUUAUUCAAGGCCUACUGUCCCACGCUCAUGUCCCUCUCACUGCCAACUCGCAGCAGGAAAUAUUUCCGUAGUGAAGACAAAAACUGGAUCGCAAGCCUUAAGCUAGUGCAGAACAAAAACAAAACGACAGCCACACACACUGACUUCCCGACAGCUGGGCUGUACUCCAGUCCGCCCGCUCAAAAGCAGGCUGUGGGGAGGAAACGUACUCGCACCGGAGCCAUCCCUGACUUGGCCAGCUCAGAGCUCACCAGCACCAACAGAUACCAGAUGGAUGACGGCACAAGUGCAGAUAACGCCCCAACAUCAUGUCUGCUCAUCAGGACCCUGCCGGACCUUCUCAACAACAUUCACAAUCUGGAGUUCCCAGCACAAAUGGCCUCUGUGCUGUCGUCCGACAUUCUCAUUUCCUUCCUGAGCUGUGCCAUGGACCCCGUAUCCCAGAACCGCAUUGACUUCUGGCUCUCAAACACCCUGGAGGAAGAGUUUCUCUACUGUGAGGAGGAGGACACAGAGGACACCCUGCAGCACAAGGCAGAAUUCCUGAACCGCAUAGUUCACACGCAGGAGAUGCUUAAGGAGGGUUUCUCGAGUGUCUCCUACUUCCUGACAUCGUGGCUGUCGGUCUGGGACGGUGAGACUUUACGGCCACAGACGCUAAAGCUUCUCACCCGUCUGAACCUGCAGGACAGCAGUGAGCUGUACGAGUGUUUCCUGAAGCCUCUGACCCUGACGUUCAUCUCUUCAUGUGUCUACUUCAAGUGCGCCAUCAUAGAGAGCCUUCACCGGCUGCUCAUCAAUCUGCUGAUGGCCAAGCAGACGCAAGCGGAGACGGAGGUCAACGCUGUUGGCCUGACAGAGCAGCCUACCUUGGCCAAUGGUGAAUUUAACACCAGGCAUGCCAUCCACCAGCUGGUGAAUUUCAUCAGUGAACUGGCCACAGCUGCCCUCCAGCAGGAGAUGUCCAACUGCCUGCUCAUGCACUGCAUUCUCGACUUCUACCAGACGGUGGCGAAGGUUUACAACAUCGGCAAUCUGCCCGUGGUGCUGGUGGCGCCUCAGAGCGUGGUUUACCCUGCCUUCCUGAGCGCGGACCAUUCCACUCUGGAUCGCCUUUGCCACCUCCUCUGCAGUUAUCGGAAAGUCAUCACAGAGCUCAAGACAGUCAAGUCAUUGACGAGGCAGGACUUCAUCUGGAAAAAGGAGAGCAUCAAGGCGUACAACGAAUACGUGAUGUGCAUCAUCAGCUGCCUGUGGAAGAGCUGUGCCUUUUCAGGCGACAGCACGUUUGGUAGGUUUGUGAACAAGAGGCAUUUCGAGGGCGAGCCCAGUUACAUCGGCGAGCCCGGUCACAACUGCGGCUACAGCCUGAUAUACCACCCCGCGCUGCUGGGCAUGGCUCUACGCUUUAUCGCACAGAAUGAGAUGCUUGUGGACCCAUCUGCUCUUAUUCAGAGACUCCACAAGAUUAAAGGAGUUGCCUGGGAGAACUACGUGGAUUUUCUCUGCACCCUGUACAUGAAGGGCCUGAAGAAUCUCAUUCAGUACAGUGUCAAACGGGAGGGUCAUAUUUGGCCAUCGGGAGCACAGUAAACGAAUCAGUAACUCGCGUACAGCUUUAUAAGAGCUCGCAGAAACAGAAAAACAAUGAUUUAUGCAAUAUCUGGAUAUCACACUGGAACUCCAAAUUUGCAACACUUGCUAAUUUUCUAGCUGUGCCAAAAUCACUCAUUCCCAUUGUUAUCCUCGUGCCAAUGCAGAGUAAAUUUUGAAUGUGAGUUCAUGGUCCCAGAGUUGCUCCCAUCAAGACCUUUUCACCGAACCUGAAGUGACGGAUCAACGUCGAUGUUCCAUCUUGACUCUUAAGGGCCAGAGGCAUCAUUAGUAACAUCUGAUAAAGGGCAAGGGUCCCACACGGUCUCCGUAGCAUCACUCAUAUUCUCUGAAGUAAACCUCAACUUCUGUUCACUUUGAUCUUCCAAUCUCCAGAGUAACAACAACUUCUCUACACUGUUCCAUGUGAUAGGAUCGUCAAAAGGUGCACAAAGAUGCAAGGAGUCUUCUACAGAGACAAAGUAGGUUCCAUGCCUGAGGGGGCCUCGGUCCCUUGGCGUAUUAGUGUAUUAAAACCCAUACGAAUUGUUCUGACAGAAGAGAGGUGAGCCUGAAUGCAGAACACACUAUCCCAUUGUGUGUCAUGCCAGCUUGAGCUGUUCACAAGCAGCACUGUCAUUUAGCCUCGUGGGUUGUUGCGGCAACAUUUCUAUGUUUGUGUAUAUACAAUAUGUAGUAGACAGUAUAAGAACACAGUAGUUAAGAGAGCCUUAUCACUUAAGUGAGUAUUUAAUCUGCUUGCAUUACCUACAGUAUGUUUUCCAUUCGCCUGUUGGCAAAACACCACCCAUCUCUUUAUAUCAACCUAAUGUCUUUGUUUAAAAUUGUAUUAAGUAACAUGCCUGUUGCCUAAAUGAUGAUCGCAUGGUGGUGUAAUGAUGAUGUGGAAUAUAGCUAGUGCUUAAUGUGAGUAAAUGAGAAAAUGUCUGUAAAUAUGUACAGGACCUGUAUUUUUCUAUAUAUAAAGUAUGUGAUCUGCUAUUAGAUUCCUUUUAUUUUGCACAUGUGAAUGAUAUUAUUUAAUUGAUGUUAAUAUUUGGUCAUUCAUGUUUUUCACAGUGCCACUUAACAUUCAUCAGGCAGUGGGUCCGAUUGCUUAUUAAUAUGGGUUGUUGCUCAUGUCAGUUGGCAGCCCUGAGUGAGAAAAAAAACAUGGUAUGAACCAGUACCUGUGGAGAGAUAAUGAACUCGGCUACUUGCGACUGGGGAUUAUAAUUCACCUUCAUUUAAUCACGUGCUCCGUUAAAGCAGCAAAUGUCACUCGCCGUGUUACAUUCUGGUUUUACGACCUUGAAAAGAGUACUCUUGCCGCACUGAUGAGCAAAGUGAAUGGGACCACGUUUUCUGAGUUCACGUUUGGUUUUAAUUAGAAUAGAAAUAAAUAUUCCAGAGCAACCUAUCUGGUCGUAAGUGGGUGGUAUUAAGACAACCCUGCUGAGGUCCUGGGUAACAAUUUAAUUUCACAAUGGAUAUUACAUUUUGUUGAAAAAGUUGUACAAAUGUAGGAAAUGUCUUGUUAAUGGAGUUACAAGCCCAAUCCAGACAUACCUACUAGCAGCCAGUUGUAUGAGCACAUUAAACACUUAAAUGCCAAACAACAUCCGUGCAGGUGGCACUGGCAGAGUGCCUGAUUCACAUUGGCAAGGGAUUAACGCUGCCCAUCUAAGCUCUGCGAUUCAGUAGCUGUGUUCAAACAAUAGUUUCCCUCUUUGUAGACAUUCCUGCCAAAGGAAUGUGGAAUUUACAUGACUGGCUCAGGACUGCCCAUGGUGUUGAGCGUCACUGAAUUGUCACUUGAGCAAAGAGACACCUGGACCUCGAAACACUUAAUGACAACUCAAAUUUCAAUAUAUUCUGCAAGUUUAUUUUAUUGGGACCACUUAUUAAUACUUGCAUGUAUAUGUACUGUGUAUGCAUGUAUGUAUGUUUUAUGUAAAAACGUGUAUCACGAGAACCCGUAGUGGAAAACCAUAUUGUAUAGAACCUCAGCGUUUUCUCGGUAAUUGAAUCGUGUUCCGUUAUGUAUUUCCACAUCUGACUAAAUAUUGGACUUCCAUAUUUACGUUAACCGGCAGCAUGUUUAAAUACGUUAAUUGUGGACCCGUUAGCCAUCGACAGCAGCAGUUCCGUGUGUUAAUAGGAUGUUGAUGGUUUACCAGAUGGUAUUGGUAGAUGCACUCUUUCUAAACAUACUCUUUGGUUCUAUUCGGUAAAGUCACUUUACCGAAUAGAACCAAAGAGUAUGGAUCCUUGCAGUCACGAAAGCUUCAAAUCUAGAAUCUUUCUAAACAGUUUGUUUAAAAAAAUAUUGCAUUAGACCUCAGCGCUUGGUCAGGUGAUGAUCCCCACAAGAGAGAAACUGGUUCACGGUUCACAUGUUUGCCGAUAGGAAUGUACAUUUUGGAAAUAACAUCUGAUAAACUGGUCGUAAUUGUUUGAUAGCACGUCUGACUGCUGACGAACUGGGUAAUGCAAUUCUAGAAUGCUAAUAGGCCAAUGAACAUGUUUUAUUGUUGUGGAUAUACGUAAUGGAAAAUUGUUGGCUGAAUACCUAUUUUUUAUUGCUUUUAGUUCAUAUUUUAUCAAUGGCACCUAAACAUUUAGUUUUUGAUGUACAAAGUUUUAAUAUCCCUUCCUUAGAGCCGCAUAUUCUCAAGUGUUAACGUUUAGUUUUUUGUCUGUUAAUAAAUAACACAGUCGUGUACAUGUACA